ACGUAAACGUCAAUAGAUGGAUAUACGAUAUGUUCAGUGAUGAAGUUUUGACAACUUAGAAACUUUGGAUACUUUCAAUACAGGAUAUGUGAAAGGUGUUACUCAAAUUGUGAACAAAAAUUACAAGUCAAAGUGAAAUUUGUGUAUUAUCGAAAAGAUGAGUUAUCGGGCGACAGAGGAUGACGAUGACUAUGAUUACAGUGAUGAUUCAUUUAUCAGUGAAGACGAAAAACCAACUAGACGCACUCAGUCUUUGACUCGCAAUCGAAAGACAACAGAAGAAGUUUAUUUAGGGAAAAAAGCUUCCCCAAGGAAAGAUGACAGUCGUGGUAAAGGCCGAGGGAAGGGGCGUGGCAAACAGCGGUCAACCAGUCAGGCCACACCAAGGGUUGACCCUGUCAUACAGCGAGUUUUGUCUGCACGCAAACUCCGAAUUAAUGAACUUAGAAAUAAUAUGGAGGACCUUGUUAAACAGAUUGAAGACUUAAAAGAGGAAAAUAAAUUGUUGAAGAAGACACAGUAUCGACAGGAAAAGGCGUUGAACAGAUUCGAGGAUCGAGAGAGUGAUUUGCCUCAGAUUAUGCAAAGACACAACAAUGAGACACGAACAAUGCGAGAACAAUUAAAGAAAACAAAAGAGAAAUACGAUAGAACAGACAGAUACCUUCGAGAUGCUGAGGACGAACUUGAAAAAGUGAAAAAUAAAAUGAAAAAAUAUAAAAGAUUAGUAGAUGAAAAUGAUUUAUUGGAAAGGGAUGAACUUCAAAACAAAGUGAAGAAAGUAGAGAUUGACCUGGAAGAAAAAGAAGUAAAAAUCAAGGAUUUAGAAAGACACGUCAACAAUUUAUCAAAAAACCACCGUCAUGAAAUUGGCAUUGAGAUGGCAAGGACUCGAGACACAAAGAAACAGAUGGAUAUUCUUAGAGAAGAAAAUGAAAGAUUGGAAAGGCAACUAAAGGAAAAAAUGAAGGAAUUAGAGAUGAAAAACAUUUACGCUAAUCGAAUGUCGAAACCAGGCAGCCGUAUGAUGCCCAACUCAUACAGUGGAACACCCAUGAGACAGCAGAGUCCAAGCUCACCACGACGGCGACGCCCACCAUCUGUCCAUGACCUUAACCCUAGGGAAAAGGUCAAAUUAUAUGAGGAGAGACGCAAAGAAGAAGAGAGAAAGCAGCGAGAGAGUACAUCACCAAUUCCAAGACUACAGUUUUCUCAGGAAAGCAAGGAUUACGAGAAGAAGAAAGCAACCAGGCCCAAACCCUCUACGGGAUAUCAUGGUGGCUCUUUAUCACCUCGGAAACCAGUUUCUACAGAACCUAUACCAUCUAAAAGAGACGAUUAUCCUAGUAAACCAUGGCGGUCAAGUCGACAGGUUCAGUCUGAGAAACCCAGGGGGUCAGAUAGACAAAGACCUUUCCUAUACAAUGACAAGAAAAACAAGGCAGAUGACAAACCCAGUAAGUUGUCGUGGCGAGCAGAUGAUAGCUAUAGUGGCAACAAGACCCCUUCAUCCAGAGAUUACAAUGAUGAUUUUGAUCGAGCACCAAGCGCAGGGUCCAAGGAAUGGGAGAGAAUUGAGGAGGAUACCGAUGAUUCGUACUCAAAGCCGUACCACAAACAGGACCUGAUAUCAUCAAAGAAAUCCCCGCGACAUGAAAAAUCCACUUUCACAUCCACAGGGAAAAAAUGGCCGUGGGAGACCUCAAGUGAAAACACAACUAAUGUAAGCAAGAAGCCUCCCGUGGGAAGUACCCGUGUUUACGCAUCGCCACCUAGUGGUAAAAGUAGAUACAACUCUGUCGGCAAAAAAUCUACUAUUGCUUCCACUCCAACUUAUACUGCUGGCAAAACCCUGCAGCAACAACAGAAAGCACAGGAAGAGCGAGAGGCCCGUGAACGGGAGCGCAAAUUUCGGCAAGAACAGGAGGAAGAAGCAGAAAGGAAGGAACGAUGGGAACAUAUGGAACGUGUUCGUCUGGAACAGGAGGAAAGGGAAAGGGACGAUCGAGAGGAAAGGGAACGACGACGUCGAGAUCAGGAGGAAAGGGAACGACACGAUAGAGAGGAGAAGGACAGACGUGAAGCUGAAGAAUGGAAUUUGAAAUUAGAACGUGAGAAAAUGAAACGUGAAGCUGAAGAACUGAGGCGAGAACAGGAUGAAAGACAAAGAAGAGAACGAGAGAGAAAAGAACAGGAACGGCGAGCUGAGGAGGAGAGGGAACGUGUACAAAGAGAAAAACAAAUGGACGAGGAACGGCGUAAAAAGGAUUUAUUAUUGGCAAAGCUGCGUGACAUUGAUGAAGGCAAGAAAACAGAGAGAGAUAAAAGCCACGAUCCAUUCUUCCUUACAAACAAGGCAGAUAGUGAUGUGGCAUCUACUUCUUCCAGUAAAAAGAGUUACCAGUUCACAAAGCCAGUGGAAAACCUUCAUCAUGGAAAGUGGUCACAUGAGGAUGUUUCCAUACCUUAUCUGGAGAAACAGAAAAAGAAAAAAGAUAAAGAGGAUGAUGUUGGAGGUUACCAGCCAUCAUUUGGACGUCGGGGAGAACCAAAGAAAACAACUGGCAAGAAAUCUGGAGGUGAUGUAGUUUUCAAUGAUGAUUUUGGAAAACCACCAAAACCAAAGGACACGAAGAAGAAAGAUCUCAUGGCGGACUUGUUUGGCAAUCAGACAACUACAAAAACCAGUAAUUCUUUCAAUGAUGACGAUAUUUUCAGUAGCUCAAAAUUUGAUUCAAAGAAAACUAACACAGCAAAGUUGUCGCUUUUUGAUGACGAACCAAAACAAACUACAACAAAAAGAGAAAACUCUUUAUCUCUGUUCGGAGGUGGGAGUGCACUGCUUGAUGAUGAUACUACUACAACGAAAGACUCUACAAAGUUGUUGCCAAGGCGACAACGCCAUACAACAACCACAUUUCAGACGCGGCCAGUGGUCAACGCAGUUGAUAAUAACUUUGAUGAUGACAUUGAGGAAGUCAUACUUUAGCAGCAGAGAAUCAUUUAUAUCUUUUAACCUUGUGUUGUUAAGUUUUGUCAUCGUAGUCAUUGGCGUAUUUAUAAAUUUUAUACAGGAAUCUUGCAGAAUAUAUUUUAUGUUGUUUGAUAUUCAAAGUCUAUUUAAUGAUGUAUUGUCUGCUUAUUUUUUGUGUAGCUACUUGAAGUCAGUGGGGUUUUUUUUGUUUUUUGUUUUUUUUUAUAUGGAUUAUUGUUGUGACCAUUCACUCUA